AUGUUGGACUACUCCACCAAAUGCAUCUGUGAAAACAGCUACAAAUCCAACUGCUUCUACCAGUGGUGCAAUUGUGAAGUGAAAUUCACUGAAAUGGAACAAAAUGAGCAGAAGCCAGUCUCAUUCAUUGGAACUCUGCUAACCAGAAUACGAGAUAGAAAACAGAAUCAGCUCAAGUUGGUUGCAGACGUAGAUUGCUGCAACUGUCUGAAGGUGUUCAUAGAAGACGAUAGAAUAAGAAUACAGAAUAAGACAACUCAGUUUGAUUACCAUGAAAUGGUGGAAUAUUACACCAAAAUAGCCCAGAAAAUAAAUAGAAUUUACCUGGUGAAAUUGAACAAUAAGACACUUAGAAUACUGGCAGUGGAUGAUACCGUAUUGUGGGGGAAACAGGUUGAUGGAAAUCAGGUGAACUACUCUUUCUUAGGGUGUGAUGAGAAAUACAGUGCUUUGAUAGUGAAAAUAGAUUUGAAGAGCAUGAGAAGUAGAACAAGCACAAUCUGCCCCAUGGUAUUCAUAAACCACAUCAAUAAAACAGACACUGUUGAAUUCAUGAAGAAUGAAAUUGGAAUCAAAAUGGAAUUUAUGGUGUUAGAGGAGAGUAUGGCAAUGAGAAGGGGAUUGGACCGAAUAGUGGAUCAUUUUGGUGGAUCUGAGUCACAGAGAAAGAUGACUGAAACUGCAACAAAUGAGAAGUCCCCUAUCCUGGUUUGGACGGGUGUGGUUGCACUGCUGACAUUCAUUGGAAUCAGACUAAUCUGA